UCCCACUUGAGGUCCUGGGAGAGGAUAGUGCCCAAGAAGGACUCCGCAGUGUUGACUGGGGAGUCGUACAGGGUGAUGGGGGUGGGAGUCACUAUUUGAUAAUGGAUCAAAUCUCCAGGUCGCUGGCGUCCAGAGGGCACAACGUGACGAUGUUCGUACAGACGGGAACCCCCAGUGUCCUAGGUCUCGACCAGCUCGCUGGGAACCGCACGUAUCGAGUACUCCCGUGGUCCAUGGGAGAGGACUACUCGGACGAGUACCACGCCUGGUUCCACACCAGCAUGAAGGAAUUUUUUAAGGGACGGAACCACGUGGCCGGCUUCCGCGCCUUCUACGGUCACAUGGCGCGCCAGUGUGACGUCAUCCUCUCUGACGCGGAUGCAAUGGCGGCCAUGGCUCGCGUGCGCCCCCACGUGGCCGUUCUUGACGCCUUCAACCCGUGCUCGUUCGUUCUGGCGCGAGCCCUCGGCGCUCGCUCCGUGGCCGUGCAGCCGGACGGGUUCCCGCGGCGGGGCCAGCCGCCCGGCUUGCCCGACGCUCCGGGCGAUGACCCUGGGGAAGGAGGGGGAGGAGAUGGCGGUGGAGGAGGGGCUGGCGGGUUCGUCGACGGACUGAAGGACGACGCCAUGGGCAGUGGCGGUGGCGAGGGUGGCGGUGAGGGUGGCGGCGAGGGUGGCGGUGAGGGUGGCGGUGAGGGUGGCGGUGAGGGUGGUGGUGAGGGCGGCUGCGGUGGAGGCUACCAGAUGGAGCAGUUCGACGCGGUCAUACGGAAACACCUUGGAGGCGCGAGUGGCCUUGCUCCGACCCUGUGGGAGCUGUCCACCCAGCCCGAGAUGUGGUUCUUCAACGUGGACUUCGCCCUCGAGUCUGCCCGGCCUCUCCCUCCCUACGCCGUCUGUGUGGGCGGCCUCCUCGCCAGGCCACCGCGUCCUCUGCCACCGACCCUAGACUCUCUGCUGUCUGGGCCGUGCUCCCGCGGCUUCGUUCUCGUCUCGCUGGGCUCCAUGGUCUCGUCGGUGUCCGACGAGCGUCUGCUGGGCGAGAUGAGCGCCGCCCUCUCCCGCCUGGCUCCCCUCUGCGUCCUCUGGCGACACGCGGACCUCGCCUGGCCCAGGGGACGCAACGUGCACGUCGCUGAUUGGCUGCCUCACAACGACCUCAUGGGCCACAGUGGAGCCCGUCUGCUGGUCUCUCACGGAGGCAUGAACAGUGUGUACGAGGCCAUCUACCACGGCGUCCCUGCCGUCAUGAUCCCGCUGUUCGGCGAUCAGCACCGCAACUGCCGCCUGGCACAGAGUCGCGGUUUCGCAGUCUGCCUGCGGGUGGCCUCCCUGGACAGAGACGCCCUGCACUCCGCCCUGCACGGCGCCCUGCAAGAGCCCAGGCUCCGUGCAGCUGCCCGUGCCGCCAGCGCGCUGCACCGCUCCCUGCCGAUGUCCCCCGGCGCCACGCUCAGUCGCUGGCUCGAGCACGUGACCGCUGUGGGCGGAGCCGAGCACCUCAGGCCGCGAGCAGCGACGGCAGCGGCAGCAGGAUGCACGGACAUCCUCUACUUGAGUGGCUGGGUCGCUCAGCACUCGGGCAUCGUGCGGGAGCAGUGGACUGGGUCGUCGUGGACCGUGAACCCAGACAGCGCAAAGUGCUCUGGCGCGCUGCUCAGGUACCAAUAG